AUGACUUCCAACAUCCCCGAAAUUCUUCUCCUCUGUAUGGAAUCCGAGUUCAUCACGGCAUUCGAUGAAGCUAUCCAAACACAUUGGCCCGACUUUACCCCGGACAAAGUCAAGAUCACCAAAUUCAACACGCGCCUGAACAGUCUCCCUCCAUCAGUCAAAUUUGAUCUAGUAGUCUCGCCAGCCAACUCCUACGGUCGUCUAGAUGGCGCAUUUGACCAUGCUAUCUCGUUGGCAUUCAGCCCCCGGAAGGACUACCACGCGCUGACUCGUGCGGCUCAAUCUGUGCUGUACGACAAAUGGCGGGGCUACGCGCCGCCGGGGUCAUGCACUCUUGUGGAGUUCCCCGAGGAUCUCAAACAAAACGUUCGCGACUGCGGCUGGGUUGCUAUCUGUCCAACCAUGAGGGAGCCAGAGAAUGUGAACUGGGAUCGUGAAGUGGUAUACGAGUGUGUCUGGAGCUUGUUGUGCCAGCUUGAAGGUCACAAUCGUCGUAAUGUGGACAAUAGGAUCGAUACUAUUCUUAUGACACCGCUGGCUACUGGCAUUGGGAAGGUUAGCAAGGAGCGCUGGGCGGCGCAGGCGGUGCUGGCAUUGAAGCAUUUCGUCGAUUCACUUGAGAAGCCUGAAGAAUGGAGCUCUUUGCAGUGGGAUACUAUUGAGAAGAUUGACGACGAGGUGCGUCAGACUUGGAUGCCGAAGGAAUAG